CGAACCGAACUGAUCUCAACCGAUUCAAGUUGGUUCGGUUCAGAAACUGAAAUUGAUGGAAAUCCACGAUUAUGUUUUAUUUUGAGAACCAUGGACUUUGGUUGGAUUCAUGGUUCGACCUAAAACCGAACCGUGCACAUCCCUUGAGGGUGCGGCGUGCGAACCGUAAGAAAUAAAUAAAACCUUGGAUUAGAUUAUUGAUUGAAUUUUGCCAUUGCCGCCCUAUGAAGCUUCUGCAGCCUUUCAACCUGUACCUGAUCCAGAGUUCAGCCAUUUCCCCAAGCAGUAGAUUCUUCAAUUUACCACUUCCUGCUUCUGCAUCUAUCAAUCUCUCACUUCACUCCAACUAAAUGCAGUUCUAGAGUUUCAAUCCGCGCGGCCUGGUCUGUCACUACCGAUUAGCCUGCACCCCGUCGACAGGUUCAGUCGGAAGUUAAGAAGUUUGAUGCUUUAAGCAAGAGAGGAACAAUGGGCAGUAAAGCUAUGUUUAAAUGGGCAAAAACAAUCACACCUGCUCAUGUUGAACAACUAAUCCGAGCAGAACAAGAGAUAAACAAGGCACUUCUCAUAUUCGACUCUGCAACGGCCGAGUAUACAAAUGGUUUUAAGCACGAUCUCAAUACUUUUAGGCUCAUGAUUAGCAAGUUAGUUUCUGCAAACCAGUUCAGGUUAGCAGAAACACUUCUUGAUAGGAUGAAGGAGGAGAAAAUUGAUGUCACUGAAGACAUACUUCUCUCCAUUUGUAGGGCUUAUGGUCGUGUCCAUAAGCCAUUGGAUUCCAUAAGAGUUUUCCAUAAAAUGCAGGAUUUCCAUUGCAAGCCUACAGAGAAAUCUUACGUUUCAGUGCUUGCCAUUCUUGUGGAAGAAAAUCAAUUAAAAUUAGCUUUUAGAUUUUAUAGGUAUAUGAGAAAAGUGGGUAUUCCCCCUACUGUCACUUCUCUUAAUGUUCUAAUCAAAGCCUUUUGUAAGAAUAGUGGAACCAUGGAUAAAGCAAUGCACGUGUUUCGUGAAAUGUCUAAUCAUGGGUGUGAACCUGAUUCAUAUACUUAUGGAACUUUGAUCAACGGAUUAUGUAGAUUCGGAAACAUUGUUGAGGCAAAGGAAUUAUUGCAAGAGAUGGAGACAAAAGGUUGUUCACCUUCUGUGGUCACCUAUACUUCACUAAUACAUGGUCUGUGUCAGCUGAACAAUGUGGAUGAAGCAAUGGGAUUGCUUGAAGAUAUGGUGGGCAAGGGUAUCAAACCUAAUGUGUUUACUUACAGUUCUCUAAUGGAUGGGUUUUGCAAGGCUGGUCAUUCUUCACGAGCGAGAGACCUCUUGGAGCUAAUGGUCCAAAAACGCUUGAGACCCAACGUGAUCAGUUAUAGUACAUUGAUUAAUGGACUUUGUAAUGAAGGAAAACUAAGUGAAGCUUUAGAGAUUCUAGACAGAAUGAAACUCCAAGGUUUGAAACCAGAUGCCGGGUUGUAUGGGAAAAUAGUUAGUCGCCUCUGUGAUGUUUGCAGAUUCCAAGAAGCUGCAAACUUCUUGGAUGAGAUGGUCCUUUGUGGGAUCACGCCUAAUAGAGUUACAUGGAGCCUUCAUGUCAAGACACAUAAUAGAGUAAUUCACGGUCUCUGCUCUAUCAACGAUUCAAAUCGUGCAUUUCAGUUGUAUCUUAGCGUGCUGACACGUGGUAUUAAUAUCACUUUUGAUACUUUUUAUUCUUUGUUAAAAUGCUUCUGUAAAAAAAGGGAUCUUCUUAAAAGUUCUAGAAUUCUGGAUGAGAUGUUGAUUAGUGGAUGUAUUCCUGAGAGAGAAAUGUGGAGUACCAUGGUUAAUUGUUUUUGUGAUGAAAGAAAAGCUUGUGAUACUAUGAAAUUGCUGCAACUUCAGUUGAUGAAUUGAUCUCUUGGGUCUAUAAUAUUUAUUAAAAGUUGCAUUUCGUGAGCUCAUAUUCAUUUUUGUGCAGCUGCACUUUGAAAUUUUUCCUCCCUGGACAAGUAUGCACAUCAUUAUUUAUUUUAUGUUAUAUUUCCCAACUUCCAGUCUUCUUAAUGGUAUUUUCUACAUAAUCAUUCUGUCAGUGGGAAGCCAAACAGAACAUUGGCAUACCGAUUAGGAUGAUUUGUCCUGUUCCAAUUAUAUCCUUACAUCCAGACAUUUUUGUAGCCUUGUAGGUAGCAUUUG